AGUUUACUGGGGCAGCAGGGCAAGUUGUCAGGCCCCAUGAGUGACAAUGCUGGAGAAGGGAGAGCAUCAGAAAAGAGGAAAGAGCAGAAAGGCAGGAAAGCAGGGGAGAGUUCCAAGGUGGAAGAUGAAUUCAAAGAACUGUCCAUCUACUUCCCUAAGGAGCAAUGGGCAGAGAUGGGAGCCUGGGAGAAAACCCGCUACAGGAACAUGAAGCGGAACUAUGAGUUUAUGGUUGAACUAGUUAAAACCUUCAGGCCACCACGUAAAUCUGGCAGUUUGAAACAGGAAAAAAAGAAAAGGCAGAACAUCAGUCACAAUGAAAAGACAGUGCUGGAGAAGGCCUCUGAGAAUCAGACAGACACUGAGAAAUUGGACAAAAAUUCCGAUGUGGGCACCAGAAUCCCUGUCACUAAUGUUGUUGAUCUGAAAACUGAUCUACCCAGGUUAGCAGUUUCUAAAACCCAGGGGCAGAGCACCCAAGUUAACACAUACAGCUUACGAAAGAGAGAGAAAAAAGUGUACGUUGAAAUAAAUGAACCACAAGAUGAUGAUUACUUAUUUUGUGAGACUUGCCUGAUAUUCUUCAUUGAUGAGUGUUCGGUUCAUGGCCCUCCAGUUUUCAUCAAAGACCCGAUAGUAGAAACAGGACAAGAAAGGAGAGCAGCUCUCACUUUGCCCCCGGGGAUGCGAAUUGGGCUUUCGAGUAUCCCACAGGCUGGGCUUGGAGUCUGGAAUGAGGCAGACACCCUGCCGAUCGGAGUUCAUUUUGGCCCAUACGAUGGAAGGAUAACAGAGGAUGAGGAAGCAGCCCACAAUGGUUAUUCUUGGCUGAUCACCAAGGGAAGAAACUGGUAUGUAUACAUUGAUGGAAAGGAUGAAACUAAUGCCAACUGGAUGAGGUAUGUUAACUGUGCUAGGGAUGAGGAAGAGCAGAACCUUGUCGCUUUCCAGUAUCAUGGGAAAAUCUACUAUAGAGUGUGCAGGGCCAUCCUGCCGCAUAGUGAGCUUCUGGUCUGGUACGGGGAUGAAUACGGCAAGGAGCUGGGCAUCAAGUGGGGCACGAGAUGGAAAAGCACAGCGCCACCCAAAG